UGAAGGUCGACAACGGAAGCUACGAUUUUAGUUAGCUGGAAGGUUGUUGUUUCGGAGGGAGACAUAAUUCAAACUAAUUCGACCAUAUAGGCUGGUAAAUAAAUGGCUGGAACAGCUUCAGUAGCUGGUGAAGUGUUUGUCGAUGCUUUGCCAUAUUUUGACCAAGGUUACGACGCAGCAGGUGUCAGAGAAGCGGCUGCAGCGUUGGUGGAGGAGGAGACCAGAAGAUACCGACCCACCAAGAACUACCUGAGCUACCUGCCCACACCGGACUUUGCUGCCUUUGAGACAGAAAUCAUGAGAAACGAAUUUGAGCGGUUGGCGGCUCGGCAGCCCAUGGACCUCCUGAGCAUGAAGAGAUAUGAGCUGCCAGCGCCCUCAGCGGGUCAGAAGAAUGACAUCACAGCGUGGCAGGAGUGCGUGAACAACUCGAUGGCCCAGCUUGAGCACCAGGCAGUCCGCAUUGAGAACCUGGAGCUCAUGUCGCAGUAUGGAACCAACGCAUGGAAAGUCUACAACGAUAACCUGGCCUUCAUGAUUGAGAUGGCUCAAAAGGAACUUCAGAAAUUCAGGAAGCAAAUUCAAGAUUUAAACUGGCAGCGUAAGAACGAUCAGCUGGCAGGAGGAGCCAAACUGCGAGAGCUGGAAUCAAACUGGGUGUCUCUGGUCAGUAAGAACUAUGAGAUUGAGCGGGCCAUCGUCCAGCUGGAGAAUGAAAUAACUCAGCUCAGACAACAGCAGGGGGAUGAAAACAAGGAGAACAUCCGACAGGACUUCUAGAGCGCAGCAGCUGUCGCCCUCAUAUCACUGAUCUACAAACUGAGAUGUCAUCUUGUUUGACUGGCAACAAGCAACAUGAGGAGGGAAAGAAACCUGUCAGGAGGAGAUUUAAUGUGCAACUGCGUAUGUUCUGCAUCACCAAAUUACUUUGACAUUCGGAAUGAGUUGCACUGAAACCUCAGUAAGAACACACAUUUCUACAGAUUGCAGUCCUCUUAUUCUGCUGUAAAAACAGUGCAGGAAUAACACAUUAAGCAGGUUUUUUCAGUAUACAGAUGUUUAAAGCGAGAUUAUGUACAGAUUGCAAUAAAACAGAUUCAUCUUCUUACAAAUGGAUAGUUGAAUUCAUAAGCAAUAGGACAUCUUUGCUUAGUUAAACAGCCUGACAGGUUUAUUGAUACAGCCUCACUUGGAGUGGUGUGACCAGUAGCCAAUGCUAGCUAAUGUUAGUUAACUUGAGAUAUUGGUGGGUACUGUUUACUGGAUAUUACUGAAUCAAUGUGCUGGCUUAAAGAUUAUUUUGUUCUUGUGCCACUGUUGUGCCAUUUUUAAGUAAAGUUGAUUUGAGUCUCAUUCCUAAUACUUUGAGACAUUGACAGACCCGUCCUGCAAUCCCAACAGCAUCAGUUUUUCAACUUGUCUUACAAGUACAAGCACCUAACAUCAAUCCAUUGAUGCUCCAAGAACCAGCAAAAGUGACACAAUCUCGCUUUAAAAUGUAAUUCAUACCAGCACGUAGGUUGCAUAUUUUGAGUCUGCCUACCAAGAAGGGUGUGUUUAUAAUUAAGUGUACAUAAGUUUGUCAAGGACAAAGUUAUCUCUGUGAGUCCUGCCUUGACUUCUGUUCAUGUCUUUUUUUUUUUUUUAAUGCCGAUUUAAUAAAAUGAACAUUUCUUAUAUUAA